AUGUUGAUGAAUUCUGAGGACGAAUCGAGUGACGAGAAUGAGGCAUCAAAGCCACAAUAUCAACGGUUUCUUAAAGCAAAAAAGCAGAGCAGCAUUCCUACUCAAAAUGUUUCAGGGGUGUCCCGCAGAAUCAGUCAUCGUUUCCCAGAGGUCGAUCAAACUUUUCCUCUGGAACUGUGCCGAAUCGCAGAGUGGAAAGCACACCUGUCAACACUCUGGCCACUGGACACUCAAAUAAAAUGCUUAUGACCACAUAUAGAAUAAGCAGACCGCGGUAAUAUUCUGAAACGUAUUGAGAAAAGCAGUUAGAAACAUCCUGCCAAUUCUAAAACAGCCGGAAAGCAUCUUUUUCUUUUUCUUUCUCGAAUAAAAGCGUUUUUCACAACAAAAAAAACAAUUGACGAAGAAUUGCAGAGGUCCAAGUUCGGAAAAUGGAGAGAAUGACCAAGGCUCUGCCGAACAAAUCUCGGAUGGAGCAUCCACGUCGCGCCACGACCAUCUGAACAACUACUCCUAUCCGAUUGACAGAAGCUACCUACAAGAUGUCAACAUUUUCCCGCUCAAACCGUCCAUCAAACAAGAUGCUAGUAAUGUCAAAAGAUAUUCAUUACCAUCUACCCACAUCCUUUACGAGAAAACGAGACAUAAAGGCGGUGUAAACAUUGAAGAACAGGAGAAAGUAGCGAAAAUGUUGCAAGCUGCGGUGGAAGAUACUAUUGUGGAGCAGCCGGCGCCCGUGGUUCCCCAGAAAGACAACCUUCAGUUAACUGUCGAUGUGAAACUGUUCGGAGCAAUGAACAAUGAAACUUUUGGAUACUACCGGACUCACAUGGGCACUAUGAAACAAUUCUUCGGAAAAUGUCUCAAAAAGGUGAGUUUCUCGAACAAUUAAAAUACUAAAUUCAUCUGUUUAGUCUGACGCGGUCGAAGUGAACUGGUUGAAGACGGGCUUAAUGCCUCGAGCCACGUAUGAAGAACAAGUUUAUAUGAUCGAAACCAAUAUUUUAAUCCGGCCAAUUGAACUAUUUUCUUACCCGCACGAACUGUUUACCCAAUUUGUCACAAAAUUCACGCGGCAAACUGUGGGAAUGUUGCACGAUCAAGUGUUUGUAGAGCCUACUAAGAUGCACACGCUUUUUCCCAAAAUUACGUGAGCACUGUCAGUUUUUUCUGAUUUAAUUCGACAAUUUUCAGUCCUCAGCACAUUGAUGUCAGUGUUUCUGGAAUUGCCAUUGGAAACUGUCCAAAUCCCGGACUUUUCCUAGUCAGAGGAGAUUACAUUAGCCAGGAGAAUACUGUCUGCAGUGUGUAAGUGUUAUUAUGAAACGCUAAUUUUGUUCUAAAUUCUCACAAGUUUUCAGUAAGCUUCAAGCCCAGCACACCGUCGAUCCAACCCGUGAACAUACUGCGUAUAAAGUAGCUGGAAACAACCGAUACCUGUCAUACGCCCGUUUUGAACACGACAAACGAGUUCUCGUCGUCUGUUUUGGAGUUCGGCUUCGAGAUUUCGGAGACGACGGAUUAGAUCAUGCCGGUUUCCGGCUCAACAUGUACUACAACUCGUUUACCAGAGUCAUCGUGGAUCUUUCGAAGGAAAACAUGAAUAGCAUCUACAUUCAACUGAAAAAUCCUCCUCUGUUGUGGGAAGGGAUUCCCAAGAGUACUGUUUACAAUCCAUCCAAGUCUAAAGUGUUGAACAUGGAAAUGUGUACUGAAUGGGUAGAUUAUUUAAUUUCCAGAUUCUGUUUCCUUGCGAAUAAACUGUUUCAGAUGAGAGUGCUCAGUUGGCCUGGUGAUGCUGAGCAACGAGGAAUUGGAUGUACUACGGAGGCUUUUGCCCAAAGCCGUUGGGUCAGAAUUACUUUUCGGAAAGAUGAUGUUGAGACUGACGUAAUUUCUACAUCUUCCAACUUCCAAGCUUUUACUUUUAAAACGUAUCCUUGCAGAUGUCAUCAUCAUACUUACUGGAAAUAAUCUCGAGAAUUGCGUCCCGAUGCAAUGUGAAAGUGUCAUUCGGUUCAGUCUUCUCUAUCCGCAGAAAACUGGCGCCAUCUCCAGCGUUCCAAUCCCUCGGAACAUUCAGAGCAAAUUACGCCCUUCAAGCGCUUAUAACGCGUGGGAGCGUCUUCCUUGAUCAGUUGCUUGACGUCACCGACGUUCAUGUUCCGGAAGAUCAAGAAAAACCAAUGGUGUUAGAGCAUGAGCCACUAUUCCUAAAAAUCGUGAGAAGAUGUAUGAAAGAAUGCACACAGGCCACGGAAGAAACUCUUGAGCAACUUCUGAAUGCUAUUGACGAGCGGAGAAAUGUUAUAAUUGUACAAGCAUUCCAGUCACUUUACAAGUCUCGAAAAGUACAAUACGAACGGCUUCUAAGUGGAGAAAGCAUUCAAGAUUCCGGCCUUGCAAAACCACUUCCGAAGAACUGUGUUUCUGUGGCGAAAGUAAUUGUAACUCCAUCGCGUGUUUUACUGAUGGCUCCAGAAGUGAUGAUGGUCAACAGAGUGGUCAGAAGAUUCGGACCUGAUUAUGCCCUCCGAUGCGUUUUUCGUGACGACAACAUGGGUCGCCUGGCCAUUCGUGACUUCUCCAUCAACAAUAUCGAUCAUAUGUCAAACAUUGUUACUCAAGGAAUCUACCACACCCUUCGAAAUGGUAUUCAAGUGGCUGAUCGUCUCUAUAGCUUCCUUGGUUGGAGCAAUUCUCAAAUGAGAGAUCAGGGAUGCUAUUUGUAUGCACCUCACGUCGACCAAGUCACUGGAAUGCUGACUGGGACUGUGGAGGACAUUCGAGCGUGGAUGGGUGACUUCCGGGAUGCAGUCAGCGUGCCGAAGAUGAUGAGUAGGAUGGGCCAAUGCUUUACACAAGCUCAGCCAACCGUUCGGCUCAAGCGAAAACAUUGGAUUGUCGAGGCGGAUAUCGAAGGUGGCCUUGACAAUAAAUACUGCUUUUCGGAUGGUUGUGGACGCAUUUCGUGCAAAUUGGCGGCUCAAAUAACGAAAUUACUUGAGCUAAAAGAGGUUCCCGCUUGUUUCCAAGUGAGGUUCAAAGGAUUCAAAGGAAUAGUUGUGAUUGACCCGACUAUUGAUGAAAUUAUCAACAUGCCGAAGAUUAUCUUCAGGUAUUGCUUGCCUAGAUAUCCAUAACAACCACAAUUUUUACAGAAAAAGUCAGAGAAAAUUCGGGGAAGGUUCUGGAGACCUACAAGACGAUUAUCUGGAAGUGGUGAAGUAUGCGAUGCCUUCUCCCGUUUGCUUCAAUCGUCCGUUCAUCACAAUUCUGGAUCAAGUAUCUGCCAAACAGUCAGCUCGUUCUCACGCAAGAAUCACAAAUCGAGUACAUUACUAUCUCGAAAGAGAGCUUUGUCUGCUGAGCAGUAAGUUUAAAAGUUUCAUAUUCCACGGAGAAUGAAAUUUUCUCAGAUAUGAUGAUAAACGAGAGCCAAGCCGCCGAGGAGCUGUUCAACCGUACUAAUCUACCAAUCGAUUGGCUCAAAGUUAGCAAAAGAGCUGGUUUCCAGCUAACAGUAGAUCCAUUCGUUCGUGCUAUGAUCUUCUCCAUUUAUCGCUACAAUAUCAUACAUCACAUCUCAAAGGCCAAAAUCUUCUUGCCACCAAACAUGGGCAGAUCGAUGUACGGAGUAGUGGAUGAGACGGGUCUUCUGCAGCACGGGCAAGUUUUCAUUCAGUAUUCGCCAAGCAUCCGACAAACGAGUCGACAGCCGGUUCUGAAGACUGGAAAAGUGCUGAUAACAAAAAAUCCAUGCCACGUUCCCGGUGAUGUGAGGGUAUUCGAAGCGGUUUGGCAGCCAGCUCUCGUGCAUUUGGUCGAUGUGGUUGUGUUUCCACAGCACGGACCUCGUCCUCAUCCCGAUGAAAUGGCAGGAUCCGACUUGGACGGAGACGAGUAUUUGAUUAUCUGGGAUCAAGAGAUGCUCCUGGACUAUAAUGAGGAUGCAAUGGUGUUUCCGAGCAGUUCGGCUCUAGAAGAAGAAAAAGAGCCAACUGUGGAUGAUAUGGUCGAGUUCUUUCUCCGAUAUCUCCAGCAAGAUUCGAUUGGAAGAAUGAGCCACGCUCAUCUCGCGUACGCCGACCUGCACGGACUCUUCCAGUGAGUUUUUUACAACGUUACUUCAGUGCCCUUAAAAAAAUUUUUUAGCGAAAACUGUCACUCGAUUGCCCUGAAAUGUGCAGUUGCUGUGGAUUUCCCAAAAAGUGGAGUGCCAGCAGAGCCACUUGCAAUUUAUGAACAGUGCGAAGUGACUCCAGAUUAUAUGAUGUCGGGGGGAAAACCAAUGUACUACAGUACCCGUCUGAAUGGACAAUUGUAUCGAAGAGCUCGAAAAGUGGAAGAAGUGCUAGAAGAGUACGAAAAUCGAGAUAGUUUAUUCGCAGGCGAAUAUGACAAACUCAUUUGUCCGGACGAUGAAGACGUGUUCUUUGGAGAUCAAGUAAAACUGUUUAACAUAGUGGCGAUCAGGGAUGAGUACGCCAGCAAGAUGCAGCAAUUACUUGAUGAGUACGGAAUCGAAGACGAAGCGUCAGUGGUAUCGGGACACGCGGCCAGUAUCAAAAGACUAGCAGGAAUGGAGAGAGAUGACUACUCCUUCUAUCACACUGACAAAGUCGUCGAACUUCGCUACGAGAAACUGUUCAAGAUUUACCGUGCCAUGUUUUUUGAAGAGUACGGCGGAGAAGAAGCAAAUUCUACCUCGGAUGGCAGGAAUAGUCAUGUAGUUAGCACCCAGGCAAUGCAGGAAAAAGUGCGACAGUGGUACUUCGUUGCCUACGUGCAACCACGAAAGAACAAGGCCGGAAGAAGCAUCGGACAAAGCUUACCUUGGGUCGCUUGGGAUGUUCUUUGUGAUUUGAGACGAAAAUUGGUGAGUUUAGGAAGCAAUCUUUGAUCUGAAAAGUCAAAAAUUUCAUUCAGAUGCUUGACAAGGCUGAGCUUGGACCACAAGUUAGGUACCCGAUGUCCGUGCGAUUGGCAGAAGAGAUGGAACUGUCGAUAGAAAGACAAUCUGAACAAUUUGAAACGUUUAAAUGUCUCGUGAACACUUGCAGAGACGGACUUUGUAUUGAAAGGUUCUUUUUCUUAUUUUCUUAUCCGAAGACGCAAUGUCUUACAGAUAUUCUCAAGUUUAUGGUGACAAGAUCACGAAAAUGGUAUUUCUUCUCAAAGUAUGGCUGGAAAAGGAGAACGUGCUUCCAUCAGAGGUUUUCAAUAUCUGGCACGUUGGUCGACUUCUAAUACGAUUCGCUCUCGGCGUUUUACGUGGAAAUCCGCUCAUCGACUACGAAAAAAGCAUUCUGAAAACGGAGGCUGUUCUCCAUCAAUGGAUUUCGAGAAAAGAAGAACAACUAGAAACAAACGACUGUCAAAUUGAUAUGGGUAGUCUGAUGAUCGAGUUUCUUCGAUAUCUUGCCAGUCAAUCGUUUGCGCUUUCCGAGAAAAUCAGUCUACGAGUGUUCAGUGAUAAAGGGAUCAUAGAGCCAGUGCUCCUACACAACUCGCAGUGGAUGGCUUUGCAUCAUGUUUACUUUCCUUUUAAAAUCAGGAUAUAAUGUUGGGUUCAGGUCGCUUAUCGAACAUUCCACGCAUUGUCCGUAUCCGGUCGCUUUGAUGCACUCCAUCUGGACGACGACGGUGUCAUUGAAUACAUUUCGGAGAGCAAAAAUCCGAUUCUGGUCAAUGAAUCUGUGUUCAACUGCAAAAACUAUACGGAGGAUAAUCCAGUGGCCAGAGGUCUUAUUAUGCAAUCACUGAAGGUAAACAAUGGUUUCACCGUGGCCGUUCGUGGGCGUGCGUGAAAAACAUGAAUAACAUUUCAGGAAUGGUCCGGAGUGACUGAAAUAAUCUCCCGAGACUAUACAGGAAGAGCAAAGAACGAUCUCGUCUAUGUGACAUCAGUCGGCACAGUUUUAGCCAAACAGCGGCUGGCUCGGCUGCUCUUGCUUAGCGGAGAAACAAUUAGGGAUGCGAUUGCCAAUGACACUGUGCCUGCAGAAGUACGGGACGAAUUCUUGUAA